AGCCUCCGCGCGCACCCCCGAGGUAAACCGCCCCACCCCCCCGGGACAUGGACACCUCCGGCCGGGCGCGCGGACCCCGCGGAGCCCCGGCUGCCUGAGCUCUCCAAAGCGCACCCGGGGUUUGGCGUGUGUUUCUCGGCUCGGGAUCAGCGCGGAUGGGAUGUACCGUGAGUUUUAUUUGCUGUGAAGACGACUUUGUGCAAAUGCCCGUGCGCCAUGACGCAAAGGCGGAGGAGAAAAUGUACGCGAGGGGCACCGGGCCAAACACACGGCCGGAGGAGCUGGAGGUGCUGCAUUCACACACGUUCCGACAGAAGAGUUUCAAGAAGUCCAAAGUGUGCAGCGUGUGCAAACAGAGCAUCCUCCAGGACGGCCUCAUCUGCAGAGUGUGUCGUGUUUCCUGUCACACACAAUGUGAAGUCAAGGUGUCUUCAGCCUGCGUCCCCGCCACAAACUACGAGCUGGCUCCGAGUCCAGACCUGCAGCUCAAACAUGUAGACACUCUGGGCUCAACGAAAUCGUCAAAGUCCAUGGAGUCCCGGCGCAGACCGUCCAGGAGUGGCAGUCUUCUUCAGGCCCUGGAGGAGAGCGUGGAGCUGGAUCUUCUGUACAUCACUGAGAGGAUCAUCUCCGUGUCCUUCUCCAGCUCCGUGGAGGAGCCGAGCUACGCGGCGCACCUCCGAGAAGUGGCGUCGAUGCUCCGCUCCAAACACGGACACAACUACCUGCUCUUCAAUCUGAGUGAGAAACGUUUUGACAUCAGCCAACUCCACCCAAAGGUCCUGGACUUCGGUUGGCCUGAUCAUCACGCUCCAGCUCUGGAUAAAAUCUGCAGCAUCUGUAAAGCCGUGGACACGUGGCUCAGUGCAGACAGUCAACAUGUGGUCGUACUUCACAAUAAGGGGAAUCGUGGCAGGACUGGAGUGGUGGUGGCCGCGUACAUGCACUACAGCAACAUCUCCGCCAGUGCGGACCAGGCGUUGGACAGAUUUGCCAUGAAGCGUUUCUACGAGGACAAAGUGCUGCCUGUGGGACAGCCCUCUCAGAGAAGAUACGUGGAGUACUUCUGUGGACUUCUGUCUGGACACAUAAAGAUCAACAACAAGCCUUUGUUCCUGCACCAUGUGAUCCUGCACGGCGUCCCGCACUACGAGCCCAAAGGAGGUUGUCGUCCGUUCUUAAAGAUCUACCAGGCCAUGCAGCCGGUCUACACGUCUGGGAUCUAUAACGUCCAAGGAGACAGUGAGACGUCCAUCUGCAUCACCAUAGAACCAGGACUGCUGCUCAAAGGCGACAUACUGUUGAAGUGUUACCAUAAGCGUGUGCGCAGCCCGAGCAGAGACGUGAUGUUCCGUGUGCAGUUUCACACGUGUGUGGUGCAUGAACUGUCUCUGCUCUUCAACAAGGAGCAGCUGGACCAGUCCUGCAGAGACGACAGGUUUCCAGACUACGGGAAAGUGGAGUUUGUCUUUUCUUUUGGUCCAGAGAAAAUCAACGGGAUGCAGCACCUGGAGAACGGCCCGUCGGUCUCUGUGGAUUAUAACACCCAGGACCCUCUGAUCCGAUGGGACUCGUACGAGGACUUGAACCUCAGCUGUGAAGACGCACCAGACGACGUCAUCCACACCCAGGGCCCUCUGGACGGCAGCCUCUACGCCAAAGUCCGCAAAAAAGACUCCAUCGACCCCCCGGUGACCUCCAAUGGGAUCCCCCCCUCUGGAGCUCUCCCCUCCGUAGACCAAGCCCUCUCCGUGAGCAGCGACUCGGGCAACUCCACGGCUUCCAUCAAAACUGACCGUACCGAUGAAAACACAACAGCGCCACCUACCGUCUCCGCCGUGAACCAGCGAAACGAAGCCAACCCGGCUCCACCUGUGCAGCGUCCCAUCAGCCCGCAGGAAAAACAAGAGCUAGAGCAACUUUUGAGCGGGUUGGAAGGGCCCAUGCGUAGACAGCCAUAUUUGUCGACGGCUAAUGCUAGCAGCAGCGGUAUGCUACAUCUAGUCCCAGCGCAAAUCCACGUGAAUGGACACGGGCGCAUCGGAGUAGACCGGGAAACUGAUAUUUUGGACGAUGAAUUGCCGACGAGUCAGGAAGGCAACAGCGUGGACAGUCUUGGGACGUUUUCCUCCUUGGAAGAUCGCGCGACGCCGGCGGAUUUGUACUACCAACCGGAGAGCAGCGUCAACGGGCAGGACCAUGUUAUGUAUUUGGAAAGGACUGCGUCAGAAAAGCCCAGCGAGAUACUGCCAUCUCCUGGUGACUACAUGGUAACGCAAAAUGGGAGUAUGUACAGAUCGCAGUCUUUCGGAGCGGAGACGAAGCCGCAACCGCAACCGCAAGCCCCGGCGCGAACCACGAGUAGCAGGGAGGCGGUGCAGCGAGGGUUAAACGUUUGGCAGAAAUUCGGCGUCACGGAAGAACCGGUUACCGAAGGAAUUAUCUUCAGCCCGUCAAACAUGGUGAUGCCGAGUCACAGCCAUAGCUUACCGCAAUUCCCGCAUCGUAGCUCCGCGUCGCAGCAAGAAAUCGAACAAUCCAUCCAGACGCUAAACAUGCUAAUGCUAGAUCUGGAGCCCGGGAAUGCGAUGCCGAAGUCUCAAAGCGUUCCGGUGCAAAACGUCGUCACCGCGCAACCGUCCUUUUCGCAAAUGCAAUCCCGGCCGAGUUUUAAAGCGGAGGAAGGGAGUCGGAGCGGCAGUUAUCCGGCGAAUUCUGAGGUAACGCCAGGAAAACGGAGUACGCCAGAGCCCAGACAAAUACAGGAAGUGGAAAAGGGAUAUCUGUCGAGUGUAUCCAAGCCGGCGGAGGUGGUAGAGCCCUCUAGCGAUGGUUCGACGUCACUGCAGGCGAGAGAGACAGAGCCCGAGGAGGUCUUCAACGUGGAAGGACUGGUGAAGCAAAGAGUGGCAGGAGUCCAGGCCCGAGCGGCGUGUCCGGACGACCCGGCGCAGACCUCCCGCCGGCCGCCCCCCGACGCCCAGGCCGAGAGCUCCGUGGACGGGUCGGAGUUCCCCCUGCGCUCCCCCGUCCGGUGUGUGUCUCCAGAGUUUGUCAACGCCAUCGCCCUCAACCCCGGCGGGCGUCCCAAAGAGAGACACAUGCACAGUUACCGCGAGGCGUUCGAGGAGCUGGAGUCGACGGCGCCCCCUUCUGUCGGCGGUGAGGUGUUACCCCAAACCCCAGCAUUCCCCGUGUCACCGCAAACCCCCUACUUCAACCUGUGUCGCUCUCCUCCAGGACUCGCCAAGACGCCUCUGUCGGCUCUGGGACUCAAACCGCACAACCCGGCGGAGAUCCACCUCAACCAGACCGGAGCGGCCCCCAGGAGUUACGUUGAAUCAGUGGCUCGAUCGGCCUCAGCAGCAGGACCAGAUCCCCCCUCAUCUCCUCGGAGCGUGAGUCCCCCGGUGGACACUACGGGCACUGCAGUGAAAGCACAGAGCGUCAGCCAAUCAGGGGAGAGCCUCGCUAAAGCUCUGCCCAUCAGCCAAUCAGAGGAGAUUAUCAAAAAACCAAGCAGCCCCGUGUUGGAACGGCAUUCUUCUUUCCCACAGCCCCUCAGCCAAUCAGAGGAGACCAGCUCCAAACCCAGAGGUGUAAGUCCUGCAGGGGGCAGCACUGAGCCGCGCCGCAGCCCCAGCCCUGCCCACUCCCUGAACCCGCCUCUGUCCAGCAGCAGUCCCAUUCAGAGCACCCAAGGGGAGCUUCCUUCAGUUGAAAGCGGCCUGAGCACUCCAUCGCAGCCCACGACGGACUCCGGAUUCCGCUCCCAGACCACCGAGAGCUACUACCAGACCCCCACCCCAAACUACACCCCCACGUACACCCCCACCUACCUGCCCGGGACGACGCCUGUACCGCCGUACCUGCACCAGGCCACGCCCACUUACCUCGACUCCUCUUUCCCCUCCUACCUGGGCUCCGCCUCCCCGAGUCUCUCUUACCCGGGACAGAGCACCGUCCUGGGUCCGUACUCCGACUCCGCCCCGUCUAACCCGGAGCCGGUCGUCCACGGGAGCCCCCAGCCUCUGCACAGGACGGUCCCGGGCGGCGUGCACCCCUCUCUCCAGGCGGCGCAGUCCAACGGGUUCGAGAACGUGGGGUUGGGGGGUAGUCCCGUGUUUGGGCGCAGGCUUUCCCCGGCGAGUCAGAGGAGUCCGGUUCUGAGCAGGCAGGGGUCCUUCGGUCAGACCCUCCAGGGCAGCCCUGUCCUGGGGAGACAUCCUUCGAUUUCGCAGGUGUCUCAGAGGAGCCCCAGUCUGGACCGCCACCCCCUGCACAGCGGCUACACCACCCCCGACCCCGAUCGCCACGGUAACCUGUCACGUCAGAGCAGCUCGUCGGGGUACCAAGGCCCGCCCACGCCCUGCUUCCCCCUGUCCCCGGCCGGGCCGCAGGAGGGGGGUGGCUUCCGACAGGCCAGUCCCGCUCCGGCGCUCCAGCCUCUGCUCCCGGAGAAGCGGCGCAUGUCCAGCGGCGACCGGCCCAGCACGGCUCUGGGCUACAGCAACACUCUGAACGGGAGGAGCAGCGCGGCGGCAGCGGGCGGGAGGGACGGCGGGACACCGGGGGGAGCUCCGGCGGGACAGGGAUACUUCCACACGCUGUCCGACUUCUCCCGGUUCCACAUGUUUGAUGGCAGUCCCGAGAGCCGCCUGAACGUGAAGUUUGUCCAGGACACCUCCAAGUUCUGGUACAAACCGGAGAUCUCCAGAGACCAGGCCAUCGCUCUGCUGAGGGACAAAGAGCCCGGAGCGUUCGUGAUCAGAGACAGUCACUCGUUUAAAGGAGCGUACGGACUCGCCAUGAAGGUGGCCUGCCCCCCUCCCACCGUGCACCCCUCCAAGAAAGGAGACCUGAGUAAUGAACUGGUGAGGCACUUCCUGAUCGAGAGCAGCCCCAAAGGAGUCAAACUGAAGGGCUGCCCCAACGAGCCGUACUUCGGCUGCCUGUCCGCUCUGGUGUACCAACAUGCCAUCACUCCACUGGCCCUGCCCUGCAAGCUGCUCAUACCCCCCUCAGAUCUGAUCGAGGAGGCUCCGGAAGUGGCCACGCCCAACGCCGUCACCAACCAGCUCAAACAAGGAGCAGUGCCCAGAUCCCCUGCUGAUUCUCAUGCGUGUAACGUGCUGUACAUAAACUCGGUGGAGAUGGAGUCCCUCACUGGUCCUCAGGCUGUAGCCAAAGCCAUCUCUGAGACACUGGCCUCUGCAGCGCCCCCUACUGCCACUGUGGUGCACUUCAAGGUGACGGGACAGGGCAUCACGCUCACUGACAACCAGCGCAAGGUUUUCUUCCGGCGCCAUUACCCCAGUAACACUGUGACCUUCUGCGACACUGACCCUCAGGACAGGAAGUGGAGUAAACCUGAUGGAGGUUCAGCCAAAUUGUUUGGCUUCGUGGCUCGUAAACAGGGCAGCACCACGGACAACGUCAGCCACCUGUUCGCCGAGCUGGACGCCGCGCAGCCCGCUAACGCCAUCGUCAGCUUCGUGUCCAAAAUGAUAACUGCGCAGAAGAGAUGAGAGCGCAGCCGACCCGGACGAUUCUACACCACAGAAACUCACCAAAAAAACAAAAAAAAAAUACUGCAAACUUUCCGCUCUGAAGUCUCCACGCGCCACCUUAUUUUCUCGCUUCCUGCUUUGAAAACUUUUCGGAAAGGACUACGUUUCGUUUACGGGAUUGUAUUUUGGAUGGAUUUCAGGGUGGACCAGAGGACGUGCGAAUGCGGUGAGACAGUUUGGACGUGAAGGGAAUGGCGUUUACGUGCAUUUUUAUCAUUUCAAAAGACAAAGUUAAGUUGUAUGAUUUUUAAUUUCAAGGGCUUUUUAAAUCUAUCGUACCUUUCAAACAUGGCUACCAAAGAUGACCGGAGUAGCGGCGGCGGCGUGCACUGGGGUUGGAGGGGAGGGGGGGGGUUCAAUAUGGCUGCUCAGUCCGAAAUACUGGUCUGUUUUGAUGCUGUAGUGAGUCAAACUCUGCUCCGAUCUGAGCUAAGUCUGUAUUGUAAAUAUUUAGUACUAAAAAACGUGGCUUGAAACGUAACGUGCCUGAUUUUUAUAAAGAUGCAAAGGCUCAAAUCUGACGCAUGAAAUCACUGUGGUGUAGCGUAGCUGUGCUUAUAGACACGUUCUCGGCGCCUGAUUGGUUAACGGCUAAAUUAACUUCCCGUUCCAUAGACUGUUCAUAUAGAUUGACAUCGCUAACCUGCUAGCUGCAGCGUUCCAAACAGGACAUGAGCUUGAGCGCGCGUCCAGCUCCGUCGAUUCUGGCUCCAGUUCACUUUCCUUCGCUGUCAGACUCAUCUUUUCAGUCUUAAAUGUUCGUAUUAACCCGCGCUACAUGAUCCUCGUUUUUUUAUUUCACUUUUUUGGUCCCUAAAUCAAAAUUCUUAACCCGAGGUCGCCCCCGCUAGCGUUAGCCACAGGUUUGAUUGACAGCGUCGCUAAGGGAAGGGGCGUUUCUUUCAACAGUCUCGCUCCCGAUUGGCUCUUUGGUUGUUGUGAUACUCGCGGUUGGAAAUGUGUAACUCAGCUCCAGAUUAGCCGCUAUAACCGCUAGCCUCGAUGGGCUUCAUUUGACUGAAGCUGAACGCCGCUGGUGACGUCACGCUCACUUCGUCCGCUUCUUUGUACAGUCUGUGUUUUGGAGCACACAUCGAAGUACGUUCAGGUUUCCGAAGUUAAUUUCCCAAUAUUUAAAAAAAAAUAAAAAAUCAGAUAUUAACCGUUCAAAGACACAAUGGAUACACAAAUAUUUAAAACCUAAAAUUCGUUCUAACUCUGCGGUUUAUAAAGUUUCAGAAAUGAGUGUGGCUGAUGAGUAUCGAACCAUGUCACUAACUUCCUGUGAUUAAUCUUAUAAUUUAAAUUGCGCCUGGGAACGAACGGGAAUUUUACCUCCAGAAUCCGAGACACAUAAAUUCAUUCAGUCAAAGUCCAUCGUGCUAACCUGCCUCUGAAGCCACACCUGCCCUGGGUCCGACUGACAGAGCCACGACUGCCAAUCUGCAGCAACAGCCACGUUUACAUUUGGUGAAGUGUCUUGCUCAAGGACAGGAUGGGAUCGGAGCGCACGGCGGAAUGUUUUGGCGCACGUCUCUGGGUUCGUUGACCUUAAGGCGUUAUUACGGGGCCAGAACUAUAAGCACAGCUAAUGUUGCUCUAAAGGUGCACUGUGCUGCUUUCCUAGUGGCUAUGCUACGUGCUCGUCUCCAUGGAGAUGUUAUUGCUUUGUCUGGAAUGUUCCGCAGUGUAUGUAUUUUCGUAGUUAUUCAGUUACGGAUGUUGUAGUUGCUCAAAAAUACUGUUAAUGUGUCUGCGAGGAGGCGACGUCGCGAGAAACGUUUACAUCUUUAUGCCGAGCGUUUUGAUUAAUGCCUGACUGCGGGACAUUCUUAUUGGAGUACAACAUCGGCAUGGGGACGAACAGGUGGCGUACCGCGAUCUGCCGGAAAAGUUCCUUGUUUUAAUUGCUCAAAAAUACUGUUAAUGUGUCUGCGAGGAGGCGACGUCACGAGAAACGUUUACAUCUUUAUGCAGAUCGGUUUGAUUAAUGCCUGACUACGGGACAUUCUUAUCGAAAUACAGCAUCGCCAGGGAGACGAACAGGUGGCGUACCGCGAUCCGCCGGAAAAGUUCCCGUUUUAAUUGCUCAAAAAUACUGUUAUUGCGACCGUAAGCAGGUGACGUCACAGGAAAAAUGUAUCUUCAUCUAGAGCGUUUGAUUAAUGCCUGAGUACGGGACAUUCUUAUCGAAGCACAGCAUCGCCAUGGAGACAAACAGGUGGCGUUACCGCGAUCCGCCGGGAAAGCUCCCCGUCUUAACCGCUCAAAAACACCGUAACGUGACCGCGAGCGGGCGACGUCACGGGAAACUUUGCGCGGGCAGUGCGUUUUCGCUCAAUGCUACGCUAAUCGACGUGCGGUAUCUCCACGGAGACGAGCAGGCGGCGUAGCGCGAUCCGCCAGAAAAGUUCCGCAUUGCACCUUUAGCCGGGACUGUUUCCUCCAGUUCGAGAUGACCAGAGCUUGUUUUUGUUUUGUUUUUUUUUAUUUUGUGCGUCGUUUUCCUGUCACUACUGUAUGUGAACACUAAGCCCCGCCUCCUUUAUGAUGUAAGCUACUAUAUAAAUAUGCAUAUGACUGAAGGUAUUUAUUUGUGCUCGCUCUAUGUACUCUUGUAUUGUAAAGUAUACACAAAGAGCUAUAUUUUGGCUAUUUGACGUACCAUAUUUGGUUAUUAUCACUGAUACUUUUGAAUGUGUUUUAUUCACUUGCUUUCGUCACAUUUCUGGUCGUUUCUGUGUUUUUUUUUUAAAAGACGGGAAAUAUAUAAUUUUGUAUUUUAAACUUUAUUUUUUGAAGCUAAACCGGCCGAAAAGAUUAUAUUUUGUCCAAUUGAAGCACUUAAAUGUUAAAGUAUUAGAUCGGAGUUGGUUUUUUUUUUGUUUUUUUUAGCAUCAGCUCCUUGUUUUUUAUGCAGUAACUGUCGCCCUCUACAGACGGACAGACGUCAUUACAAAAAAAAACAUUCACAUUAAAGGCGCCGCACCUGAUUUUUACCGCCUUCUCGUUCAUUUUAAAUGGUUUGCAGCGGUCCGGAGUUAUCCCUCACUUACCUUACGCAUCGUGACCAUUCUAGUUAUUCACCAUGAUGUCACGCGGUAAAGCUAACAACAACUAGCAUGCAAAUUCGUGUACAAUAGCACAACAACACUUCAUAAUUGGAUGUAGACAGUACACAGUGGAUUUAUUUAGACUUUAAGAGCUGCGUUUGCGAUAUAUCGGUAAAAAAAAUCAGGUUCAGGGCCUUUAACGUGGUAUUUUAGACGCAAAUGUACACUUUAAAAAAAAUAAUAAUAAUAAUAAAAAGAAACAUCAUUAUGAAUUUAAAUAACUUCCAUAUUUUCCGGGCUAUAAGUCGCACUUGUCGUAGUUUUUCCAGGGGUGCGACUUAUACUCAGAUGCGAUUUUUAUGUGAAAUAUACGUUUUUUUCUUCAUUAUUACACAUUUUUUUGGCGGGUGCGACUUAUACUCCAGUGCGACUUAUACUCCGGAAAAUACGGUAAUCCGAUUUGACGUCAUUUACAGUAUCUGAACAUCUAUCUUCGUCUUCAGUUCUUCUUUUUUUAGUUUGUUUUCAUGCCUGACAGUUUAUUCUGCUCACUAGCGCCUCACAGUGGGCACACGGUGUCACCGCGGCGUGCCCCGGUGCGGAGGCAUUACGACGGCGCCAUCUGCAGUCCGUUAAACCGGGACGAGGGGGCGUUUUGACUCUCACACGCCCGCGGAAACUGUCCUGAAGACGCCGGACUGCAGAUGGCGCUGUCGUCCUGGCUCCGAAGGUAGAAAGACAGGACGCGCCGCAGUAACAUCACGUGACCACUGUGAGGCGAUAGUGAGCAGAACAAACGGUCAGGGAUGGAAACAAAGUAAAGAAUCUGUUAAAAUAAGAUACUGUGUUGUUUCUACUCAAAAUCUAAUGGAAAGUGACAAAGAAAUAAACCAAAUCUACUUUUAAUUUUAAUUUUAAGCUAUUCUAUUUUUUUUUUUUUAUUCAGAUUUUCAAAACAUUUUCGAGAUAAACUGUAUCGAAACUAAUCAGAAAUGUCCCGCAAUAAGUUCUAUAAGUAAAAGUACAGAUACAGAGGUGAAAAGUUACUCUAGUAAAAGUAAAAGUAUCACAUGAAAACAUCGAGUUAAGCAAAAGUAUUUACGUAUCUGUUUGAAAAUACUUUAAGAGUAAAUAUUUAGGGUAAGUGUAAAAAAAAUAUAUAUAUAUUUUGGUAAAAAGUAAAAAUACCAAUCUAUUACUUUUCUUUUAUUACUUUUUCUUAUGAAUUUUGUGUAUUUAUUUUUGUUUUGCUAAAGUAAGUCAAGAUGUUACUACAAACCUGGUAAAAAUAACUCCUCAAAUCAGAUGAAAAGUACUUUUUACUUUUCAGUUCAGUUAAAAAAAUGUAGUAGAAAGUACAGAUACUGCUCUCAAAUGUACUGGAGUAAAAGUAAAACGUAUCCACUGUAAAAUGUACCUAAGUAAAAGUACAGAUACAGAGGUUAAAAGUUACUUGAAUAAAAGUAUCACAUAAAAAAAUCAACUUAAGUAGAAGUAUUCAAAUACCUAUUUAAAAAUGUUUACAAAAAAUACUUUUACUUUUCAGUCCAGUUCAAAAUGUUGCGGAGUAGAAAGUACAGAUACUGCUCUCAAAUGUACUGAAGUAAAAGUCAAAAGUAUCCACUGUAAAAUGUACUUAAGUAAAGUACAGAUACCUAAAUAUUCCUCUUAGAUCCAGUACUUUAAUACUAGUUUUGGGACUCGUUCUUCACUAUAAUCAAAGUUUUUUUCCAGUGUACAUUUGUGCGUCUUUCAGGCUCAUUUCAACAAAACUCACUUUGUUUUUGUCCUGAAAAAGUGUCUCCAGAUAAAAAACAAAAACAAAAAAAAUAUAUAUAUAAAACAUUGAAUGAAACUAAAGCCCUGCACUUGUCCGUGUGUGAGUAUUUAUUUACCGCGUCUCCUCGACCGCGACAAAAUCAAAAUGGACGAUCGGAUUUUUUUUUUCAAUUAACUUCUUUUUUGUGUUGAACUGAAUGUUGAAAUGAAACUCCAGGUUUACGCUGCGGAAAUGCAGAUUUACACGAGUUUAAAUGACUGGGAUUUGAUAAUUUGGUUUAGUUUAGUUUUGUAAGUCGACCAAAUUAACACAAUGAGUGCAGUUAUGUUUCAGAAAAAAGUCUGAAAAAAAAUAGACUGAAAAAAAAUAGACUGAUAAAAAUAAAUAAAUAAAAAUAAAUAAAAAAAUGCAAUAUUUUUCUAUUCUUUUAGUAAAAUCCAAUCAGUAUUUAAGUUCAGGUUUACAGCUUCUAUAUUUAUUGUUUUCACUUUAAUCGCAGAAAUAAUUACCGUAUUUUCCAAACUAUAAGUCGCACUUUUUUCAUAGUUUGGUCGGGGGUGCGACUUAUAUGUGAAAUAUGUUUGUUUUUUUCUUCAUAAUUUUGCAUUUUUUUGCCUGGUGCGACUUAUAUUCCAGCGCGACUUAUACUUUGGAAAAUACUGUAACUGAAACAAACCUGACAAUUUGUUUUUAACUGAAAUGCACUUUUAUUUCAGCGAAUCUCGAAAUAUUGAGGCUGACAAAAGUUUGGAGAAAAAUAUUAAUCUAAGAAGUUAACUUUCAAUUGAUACUUUGCAGUGGCGUCACGCUGGGGGUGUUCUGCGUGUGUGUGUAUGGUGGAAUCUUCAGCAGUUACCACGGUGAUACAUUAGCAAACACAGCCCAAAAAAAAAAAAAAAAAGUUUAAAGAUCGUCAUCAUCUCAAAGCUCAACACAAACAGCACAUUUUCAGGAGCCUGUUCAAGAAUUUGAUUUCACACAAAAAAAACGUGAGAGCGGCUAACGGAAAAACUGUUUCGCUAACGCUAGCUAGCUUGUCACAUUAACUUUGUGAGUAAGCGAUUUGUUUAAACAGCACGGAUCAGCUCACCUGUUGUAGUUCUAACCGCGUAGCUCUUCUUUGUGGUCAGAUCGUGUUAAAAACAAACCUCGGACUAAAGAUUAAAGUCUAACACACCCUCAGACAGAGCAGUGCCUACAGUUAGCAUCACACCCCCCGAGCUGCAAAGUAUCGGUCCUGACAAAUUGUGAGUCCCACGUCGUUUUAACCGGAGUAAAUGGUGUAUUUUCGUAGCUUUGGUCCAUCACUGGCUCAGCGUCUGGACCCUGAAUGUGUCGCGCUUCUCCGUCUGUGGAGACUUGUUUUUUUUGGGUUUGCUCUAAAUAUAUCUGUACAUCGUAUGACCUAUGACCUUUAUAAUUUCUGAUGAAAAUAUUAAAAUGCAGU